AUGACACUCGGACGGUUUACUUUUCCCUCGCCCCUUGACUCGACGUUGGCGUUAGCCCCCCUCGACCCGACACAUUCCAAGCUUGGCCCUGUGUUUCGGGGUUUGGUUCCAAAGAACCCAGCCUCACUUGAAGCUGCCACUGUCCCAAUACGAACGUUGCCAAGUCUCUCACACAUGCUUGGCCAUCAAGUCAGCCACACCCCAUGCGCCGUGCCUGUGUCAAGUGGGUGGGCUCAGCCGAUGCUCGUCCCAUUUCUUGGGCAACCCGUCGCGUACCUCACUUUACGCCUUGGUCCCUGGAAAACCAAAAAGGGAAAUGAACAUAUAGCAACUUUUAAGAGAGAACAAAAACAAAUGUGA